AUGACAGACAGACUCGGCGAUAACGCCGAGAAUUCAAAAUCUCCAAGCCCGGCGAGGCGAGACUCCCAAACUGCUGAAAAGGUCACCAGAGCUUGCGAUAACUGUUCCAAGUCUAAAUCAAAAUGUCUGUUGAGGCCUGGAACCAAGACUUGCGAAAACUGCAGGUUCCUCGACAUCGCAUGUACUUUUAACCGUACAGUGAAGAAAAGAGGACCUCCGAAAGGAUAUGUGAACACUUUGGAGCAGCGACUGGCUUCACUGGAGAGCCUUGUUGCUGAACUACGAGAAGGACAGGCAGAAGCUGAUCCUAUUCCUACCGACAAUACAACCCUGGUCGCUUCCGCAAUCGACUCGAAUUAUAAUAACAAGCGGAAUCUACAGGAAGAUGACACUGUAGAUGAUAUAAAACCUCAGCAACGGCAGAUAUCCCUGCCAGGGAAAUCCCACUCCCGAACAUCGGACAGUAAUUCCGAGCGUUCGACGGUUCUGGGCUAUCUUUCGGUCGAUGAGAAUAUGACGAUGCGAUAUCAUGGACCAACGUCUGGUCUGCAUUUGAUGACUGCAUCUCGAGUGUUCGUGUCACCUUUUUGGCAUUUUUCUAACCCUGGCUUCUGGCCCCGGAGCAAACGCACUACAUUCCGUACAGAAGACGAAAUUGUAUCUGCGGCAGACGCAAUAUUAGGUGGAAUUCUUCCUCCCAUACCGAUGCAAGACAAAUUACUUGAUGCCUAUUGGACCUUUGUCCAUCCAUGCUUCCCAGUCGUGCACAGAGAAACCUUCCUCUUUCAACUUAGUAAAGACCGUCGCGGCAUGCCUCGACAAGGAAGGUCUGCAUUUGACCAGCUCGAACGGCGUAUUCCGCAGGUGCUCUUACUGUCGAUGUUUGCACUCUCGGCUCGGUUUGUCGAUAAUUGUGAAUCUCGAGAGGACAGCGAUCCUGGCGACGAAUAUGCGAUCAAAGCUGAGACUUUACUUGCUCAACAUAAGCAAAGUAGCAUCAACUGCUGCUUGGCGUUGAUCAUGAUGGCAUAUCGAGAAAUCGGCACCGGCGGUUCUAUUAGCUGGAUAUAUGUAGGGAAGGCAAUUCGGAUGGCCCAAGAUUUAGGCUUACAUCGGGACCCCUCAAUCUGGAAGAAGACACAGUGUUUCCGGAACAUGUCCAGCGUAGAGAUGCAAAUUCGACGCCUGAUAUGGUGGGGUGCUUUUGUGCUUGACCGAUAUAUCUCUGCAUGGCAGGGUAGACCGUGUGCAAUUCAUGAUGAUGAUUUUGACACUCAACUUCCCGACGAUACUUUGCAUGAGAAUAGAGAUCAUUCUUUAUCGUGUUUCAUACAAGUCAUCAAGCUGUCCAUCCUUCAAGGACGAAUACACAAAGCCUUCUACUCUGUGGGCGCCAAAGAGCCGAAAUGGGCGACAUUAAAUGAGCUGGAAAAUGAUCUUGAUGAAUGGGAAGCUGGGAUUCCUGAUUUCCUCGCCAUUAAACAGGGAGUGAAAUUACCUGUGCCAGUUAUUGUGAUGCAUACCCAAUUCUGGAAUUGUAAAGUCCUCCUUCAUCGUCCAUUUAUCGUGACGACUCCGAAUGAAACCCAAAGCAACAACCCAUCACUCCUAGCAGCAACCUCCGCGGCCGUCGCAAUUGCAAACCUCCUCGAACAUUUCACAUCCUCUUAUAAUCCAACAUUUGCCCCGCCGUUUUUCAACUACUACUGUUUUACAGCCAUUAUAAUGCACCUUUUCAACCGCGCCACUUACCCUGUACUUUUCUCACCAUCUGCAUUGAUGCAUUGCAUAGACUGUUGUCGAAAGAUGAAGAGUAUAUGGUCAAGUGCAGCGAGGACACUCCACAUUAUUGAAGGUGUCGAUCAUGAAGUCGAGAAUACAUUGCCAGAUUACUAUAACUUUUAUGCAAGCGCGGCGGCACCAACGGCAGCUACUACGGCAAUGGUGGAUGCAGAACAACAACAAGGAGCUGUACAAGGAGAUGAGCCCGCGGUAUUGGGGUUCUCGUUGUCGUCGUGGCCAUCGCCUAUCGUUGAGCCGGAUUGGCUGAGUUUGGAGGCAUGGAGGGGUUGA